AUGGCAUCAGGGAUCUCUUCAAAUAAAGACAAGCUACUGCCUCUCAUCACAACCCCGGCCUACGCAACAGGAAAGAACGAUCCUUUUACGAUCUACGCCUCUCGCAUCACGCUCUCUCACAAUGCUUUCAUUCGCGGCUUCAAUAGCAUCUAUCAACAAGCUCCAAACCUUACCCCUUCCGACCACAAAGACUUCAUUGGCUACUGCCUGGCCUGGUACACGUGCGUCGGCGAGGACCACUCUCGGGAAGAGAUCCGGUUCUUUUCGGCGAUGGAGGACGCUACUGGAGAGGAGGGAAUUCUGGAUCAUGAGGUUACUUUUUACACCAUCUACCGAGACGACAUGCAGAAGCUCAAGAACUAUCUCCUCAGUUUCGAACAUUUCCGAAACCCAGAAACCGAGUUCGACGUGUCGCGCCUGCUCUUUCUAAUUGACAGGAUCGCGCACCCGCUCCACACUCAUCUCGCCUCCGUGCCCCAAUCGAUACUAGCUCUGUCCCGCUUUUCCACCCCAGAGCGCCCAAUUGACCCUCUCAAGAUCGACCGCUCCCUCGAUGUUCCCGACGAGAAGAAGACGACCAAUUAUAUCUUCAAUGUGCUGCCCGCGUGGCUGCUGAACCUGGAGACUGAGGAGUUUGAGGGAGGCAGGUGGAAGGGUUGGCCGGAAUCCAAGCUGGAGAACCAGCACCACGUCGAUUGCUGCCGAGGAGGUAGUGUCGGAGGAGUUACCCUACUAGCCAAACCCAGCAGCAUCAUACGGGCGUAUGAAUAUUCGUCCUUCAAUACGUACCAGGACAACGGAGCUGAGCUUUACGACUGGAAUGCACAGAACAAAGGUAAAGUGUAA